AUGGCCGGCAAACCUUGGCGAUUGAAACCGGCACUAUACACGACUAGCCUCGUCUACAUAUCUAUUCAAGUUGCUUUUCUAUCAUUUUUAUGUAGCUAUUAUGGUUACGGCCUAUCAAAUUUAACAAGAUGGACCAUCGAUCGACUAGAAGAGUACGAGUAUACUCGCGGGAAGUUGGCGUGGUUAGGGGAAUCAUGGAGAGGUGCCAGGAGCAGUAUGAAAAUACAAAAACGCAAGGCAACUCAAAGUGACGUCAAGGUUAUAUGCGAACCGGAGAUCAAAUUGGAGGAGGAAAUGCAAAUUCUGAACGCCGAGCAACUUUCGCUUUUUGAUGGAACUCGACCUUCACGACCUGUUUACUUGGCAAUCCUUGGCCGUAUAUACAAUGUUGAAAAGGGGAGGAAACAUUACGGGAAAGGAGGUGGCUACCACUUCUUUGCAGGGCGCGACGCUACGAGGGCGUUCGUAAGUGGUGAUUUCACGGAAAGUGGAUUGGUUGAUAAUACCGAUGGGCUUUCUCAUGAUGAUUUGUUAGGAAUUCGUGAUUGGAUCUCAUUUUAUGAGAAAGACUACAAGUUGGUCGGUGUUCUUGUUGGUAGGUAUUAUGAUGCUAAUGGACAGCCAACGCAGGAGCUACGCGAUGUAUUAGGCCGUAUGCAAACCGCAGCUGAAUGGAAAGCUUCCAGGGCCGCAGAAGCUGAGGUUUUCCCACCAUGUAACAGCGAAUGGCAUCAAAAUAGCGGAGGGCGGGUGUGGUGUUCCAUGAAGAGUGGAGGCAUUCAACGAGAUUGGGCUGGAGUACCAAGGUUACUCUACGAUCCAAACACAAAACAACAACGAUGUGCUUGUGUAAAAAAUUUUGGUGCGGGUUUAUCGCCAGUUGGAUCCAAAGGGAAUAAUCGAGGAGAUCUUGACCAUCCGAAUCUAAGGCAGUAUCCAAAAUGCUCGCCUUCAUCUAACAGCUGUCGAAUUGAGAACGAUUGA